CAGGCCUGUCUGCCGCCAAUAUGAACAUCCGCCGGGCUCGGCCAGAUGACCUGAUGAACAUGCAGCACUGCAACCUGCUGUGCCUGCCCGAGAACUACCAGAUGAAGUACUACUUCUAUCACGGCCUCUCUUGGCCCCAGCUCUCCUACAUUGCUGAAGAUGAGGACGGGAAGAUUGUGGGCUAUGUCCUGGCCAAGAUGGAGGAGGAUCCUGAUGAUGUCCCUCACGGACAUAUCACCUCACUGGCUGUGAAACGCUCCCACCGGCGCCUUGGCCUGGCCCAGAAGCUGAUGGACCAGGCCUCCAGGGCCAUGAUUGAGAACUUCAGCGCUAAGUAUGUAUCCCUGCAUGUCAGGAAGAGCAACCGAGCAGCUCUGCACCUGUAUUCCAACACCCUAAACUUCCAGGUUAGCGAGGUAGAGCCCAAGUACUACGCAGAUGGGGAAGAUGCGUAUGCUAUGAAGCGAGAUCUCUCGCAGAUGGCCGAUGAGCUGAGACGGCAGCUGGUGCUGAAGAAAGGCAGAUACGUGGUUCUGGGUUCCAAGGAGAAUCAAGGUAGCACGCUUCCUGGUUCUGAAGAGGCCAGUCAGCAGGAGAACCUGGCCGGAGGUGACAGUGGCAGUGAUGGCAAAGACAGCACUGAUGUCCAAGACAGCUUGCAGACCUUGGGGUCCACCUCCUAGAGCCUGCCUGAGCACUGCAGGUCCUUGGAUUUUAGCCACAUUGUUCUUGGGAACCUUGCUCUGUGGUCCCUGCUCUGGGCUCAUCUGCCAGUGACCUGAUUGGCUCUCCUUUCAAAGCUUUAGCAACCUUCUGCACAACCUGUGUGAUCAUGGAGGCACACCUAGACACAGAACCUGUUGUGCGGGAGUCAAGGAAGCCUGAGGACUGCCGUGCAGCCCCUUUCUUGGCUUCUUCAUGCUGCUGUCAGCUUCUGCUCAGUACCCUUCUGACUGCGGAUCCUGCAGGUUUCUGUCUGGAAUGCUAAACAGGAAGUGGGGACAACUUCUGGCCUUUGCAUUAUUUAUCUGGGUUUUUUUUCUUGCAGUAGGGAGAAUCAUCAAGUUAGUUUUCAUGCCCUCUGCCCCUGUCGGGGAAUGCUACCUGCCCUUGCUCUCUGUGGAAACUGCCCGGCCCCGCCUGGCCCUGCCCUCUUUCUCUUUGAAGAAUGAUCCCUUUCCUGUGGGAGAAGGUGAUAGGUGUUAGACUAAUACACAAGAAGAAUUUGUAGCUCUAAGGAAAUAACACGCAGAAAUUAAAUUGCAUUCUUUAACCUGACAAAAUAAAAAUAUAAAAA